CUGGUAGAGGACGCACGUCAGUGAAACACGAGCUUCUGGCAUCUUUAUCACCUUACAAAUUAACUUAUUCGAUUUCCCCUGCGUGCGUAAAGUGCAUAAAGCCGCCAUGGUUCGUGUGCUCCUGCUGCCUCUCCGCAGAAGGAGGGGUAUGAAGAAGUUCGAGACUCCCUCCAGUAAAGCGCUGGACUUUUUUUGCUCCACUGGACGCCGGAGGAUUCCCACCAUGAGCGCUGCACCCUGAGGGGACAUGGAUCUGGAGGCGAACGGGUCGAACUGUUUGUCCAGGAACGACAGCGACCGCGGAGCGCGCGCUUCCUCCGGCGGAGCGUCCACUGCGCUGGCCAGCGUGCUGAUCUUCACCAUCGUCGUAGACAUCCUGGGCAACGUCCUCGUCAUCCUGUCCGUGUAUAGGAACAAAAAACUCAGGAACGCAGGCAACCUCUUCGUGGUGAGCUUGUCGGUGGCCGACCUCGUGGUGGCGCUGUACCCGUACCCUCUGGUCCUCACCGCCAUCUUCCACGACGACUGGACCAUGGGCGACCUGCACUGCCAGGCCAGCGGCUUCAUCAUGGGCCUCAGCGUCAUCGGUUCCAUCUUCAACAUCACGGCCAUCGCCCUCAACCGCUACUGCUACAUCUGCCACAGCCUCCACUACGACCGCCUGUACAGCCUGCGGAACACCUGCUGCUACCUGGGCCUCACCUGGCUGCUCACCGCCCUCGCCACCGUGCCCAACUUCUUCGUGGGCUCGCUGCAGUACGACCCCCGCGUCUACUCCUGCACGUUUGCCCAGACCGUCAGCUCCUACUACACCGUCUCGGUGGUGGUGGUCCACUUCCUGAUCCCCCUGCUGGUGGUGUCCUACUGCUACAUGAGGAUAUGGGUCCUGGUGAUUCAGGUGAAACACCGGGUCAAACCGGAGCAAAGGACCAAGCUGAUGCCGAGCGACGUGAGGAACUUCCUCACCAUGUUCAUGGUGUUCGUGUUGUUCGCCGUGUGCUGGGCGCCGCUGAACCUCAUCGGCCUGGCUGUGGCCAUAAACCCUGUGAAAGUGGCGCCCAACAUCCCCGAGUGGCUCUUCGUCACCAGUUAUUUCAUGGCGUACUUCAACAGCUGCCUCAACGCCAUCAUCUACGGCCUGCUGAACCAAAACUUCCGCAAAGAGUACAAGACGAUCCUCCUGGGCCUCUGCAUCCCGCGCCUGCUCCUGGUGGAGACCUCCAGGUGCGCUACCGAGGGCCUGAAGAGCAAGCCGUCGCCGGCGUUCACCAACAACAACAUGGCCGAGAUAAAUGUUUGAACGCGCGUGCGCCGCGAGCCACUCGGUGCCUUUCCACAAAGACGUGUGCCAUGAAAAGAGAGGACCUGUGGCGGUCCGUGAGACGGUGUCGCUACAUUAGCGCCAGACAGAGCGGCUGCACCGUUAGCGCAUCCGCUAACCGGCUUCACUCACGGUCACACGGCAGAGCGUGCGCGUCACGUGCACGAGGAUGAAUAAUGUCCGCUCACACAGUUUCUGAAUAUGGGCACAUCAGCGACACAGCGGAAAUAAAUUAAAACAACAUUUUAUUCUGUUGCCAAUGUGUCUUUUGGGUGUUUUAGGUUCCAGCAAGUAAUGAAAAAGCCUAAAGGUUUGUUGUUUCCUUUGAGUGGAACCAUUAAAUCUAAGUUUAGAUGCAGCCUUCUUAUUACAUUCUUGUGUGAAUUUGGAAGGAUUAAACGAUAUUGCCGGGGUUUUGGUGAUUGAAUACAUUAAGGAUUGAGGUAUGUGCCGCUUCUGGAAGCUGCAGCCUGAGCUCUGGUGAAGUUUGAGCACUAUAUUAGAGCCAUAGUUGGCGUAUGAGUGUCUCGUCCUCGCUGGGAGCGUAGGCUGAAUUAUUUCACCAGGAUGCUGUCUCGCCGCCGCAGGCUUGUCUUCUGAGCAGUGCUGCCCUCACAGAGCACACUGGGAAGACUGUGGGAGCGUUUGCCCUCUAACUGGCUUCUGCUUUAAUGGAAAAAGACAUACCUUGUUGUUUGUAAAGCUAAAUUCCCUCAUUGACUUCUUCUAAUGAACAAAGCUGCCUUUUCACAGCAGAUGCACUGGGCCUUGAACGCUUAGAGCCCCCAAGUGCUCGCUUUCAGGCCCUGAAUGAUUUAGGUAUUUGAGAAAAUUAUAGAAGGAGGGAGAAGAGAUAAAAACAAAACCAGCCUCCCUGUUUAUGAAAUGCCUGGAGGACACGAUAUGCAACAGGGGCCAGAAAUGUAAUUUCGUGAUAGUGCAAGUGUGCCUGAGCGCAUGUCACCCUGGCUGAGAUGAGCUCUGACAGCCUCCCAGCGUAACUCCCAACCAGCAAAUAAACUCUGAGUGGUUCACCUCACAGGAAGGCUCCGAGAUGUCAUUAUGACACGGCCCUGAUAUGAUGCGCUGUUACUAGAGCACUGAAGACAUUGAAGCCACAUUUUUAAGUCUAAAUAUUCUUAUCGCGUUUCAAAUUUCCACAUUCAUCGUCUGAUUUUUGUAUUCUGCUGUGCCGCGGCCUUCUGACGAAUUAAAGCCUCGGCGUGUGAUGGAAGAUGCACAAACAGCGAUGCGACGUGAAUCCGGGCUCAGACUGUCACCGGGCUGCAGAGCGGCUCCGCUCGCGGCCUCUGGAGCCGCGUCUCCGAUGCAGAAGGGACGAGGCGACCCACAUGCCAGCGCAAGGUCAGACACAGAUGAGUGGCUGAGCGGCUCGAGGGAAGAUGACAGUGUUUGGCUUCAGCACAGCAAAGAGUCACAGACUAAUGGAGGGGUCAGUGCUCUGCUACCUCCUCUCGCCUUCCGCGUUCACCUGCACUUUAUUCGCGCACUUUGAGGCAUCUGAAGAACGCUUUGACAUUUGGGGAAAUGCAUUUGGCUUUUUAACUUUCCUGCCGAGCGAUCGAUAGCAUCCUGACGCGUUAGGCGGCCAGGGACGGGCUGGUGCACCGGCAUGUCUGAAGCUUUUAUUAGCACUUUGUGCCGGGUUUGUUUCAUCCAAAAACCAAAAACGCCAAUUUGCGGCAACACCAAAACAAGUCAAACUGCAGCUGCAUGUUUUUUUCUGUUAGAAAACACACAGUGCCUCUCUAUAGGCAGUAAUUUCAACGAAGGCCUCCCAGCUUCAGCUAAAUCAUGUCAGCACGUUCACAUAGCCUUAAAAUCAUCAUUUCCAUUUUCACAUGAUGUAUUGUAUUAACACAACGGACUCUUUUUGUCCAGUGAAUAAAUAAAUCAUAGUGGAGGCUGAGUAGCUGAGUGACUAGUGGCACACACAGCGUGUCAUUUGCCCGUGGUUUACAACAACAGUAGCUUACAGUGACGGUUUUAUUGCGCCCAUGUUCAAGGACGCCGCGAUCUAGCGGUGCCCUAUAGGAUCCAUCAUAAAGUCUGACUUUAUGCUGCUAAUCUCACAUACGUCUGAGCAUUGGGCCACUGACACAUCACCUGCUUCAUAUUCACACCUCACACUAGGUUACUUAAAAUGAUCAAUUUUAUGUAUUUUUCCAGAUAUGUGAUAUAAAGAAGGUAUCCUGAUGUUUUUUGUUAAUUAAUAUGACAUGCUGUGGUUCUUUUACUGUUCACUGAGUCAAAGAGCAUUUAUUGCUCUGUUUGCACAGGGGAGCAAGAUGUAGUCACAACUGGAGGUUGUCUGAGGACGUGGUUUCACGCUUCUCUCACAGCCGGGUAUUUACUUGCUAAUUUCCUUCCCUGCCUUGUUGCAUGUGAACAGGAGAGGCCUCACAGAAACAAAUUCCCAUUUGUGGGAGAUAAAGAUUAUUUCCACAACAGCAGAACCCUGCCGCGAACGCAGUCCCAACACAAAACGGAUGAGCAGCGAGGCGUUAUAUGGCCCAGCGCUACCAUGACGUGAUGGUUUUUCUCCUCUCUGCACAGAGGAAUUUCUACAGUUCUCGCACAUCGCUGCGUUUUACAGCGGUAGGGUCUCACUGUGGGCCUGCUGCCACAAUAGCAAGUCUCCUAAUGGGUUUGUGCAUCAGGUUUAGCACUGCCUGUGAACUCAUGCAUAUGAUGUGUUCCUACAUGGCCCGAUGGGCUGGGGGUUGCAACACUACCAGGAGGCUUUAGGUGUGGUGGGUCCAGAAGAGCCAGUGGAAGCAAGGUCAUGAUGAUGAUUCUUGACUGACUCAUGUACUGCUGAGGCGAUUAUGGCUGAAUUUUUGAACUCCAGUUAUUUCUACUUGACUAAAUGUUUCCACGUCUAGCGUGCCGCGCUACCAAGGAAGUACACAGGCUAAAAGGAACAACAUCCAGCUGCAUGGAACAGUUCAGCCUUUUAUAAAAUACCUAUUAUCAGUUCAAUAUAUCGUUCUUCUGUAAGACUGCUGAUCAUACUGUAGUUAUGCAACAAUAAAGGAAAAAGCUUCUGUGUCA